AGCGCGAAAACAGAGAUAUUUUCUCCCCUUCUGCACCCAUGUUUCAAGCUUGUAUCAUUCGGGGUGUGAUCUUGAUUGAUACAUGAUCUUGAACAGUAUGUUGCUGGAGUUUAGGAACAUUUAGGGCUAUUAUAAAAUAUUAUUAAGAUGAAGUUACAUGCUCCUUUGAAAUCCAAAGGAGUUUCCGCUAGGGCCAACAAUCAGCACGUUAUUUUCGAGCUAAAACGGCGCGUUGUUCUCGCGUUAAACAAGGUUUCGGAUCGGGACACGUAUGAAAUAGGGGUUGAGGAACUCGGAAGAAUAAUUGAAAGUUUAACUCCAGACGGGAUUUCGCCGUUUUUAUCAUGUAUCUUAGAUACCGAUUCGGAGCAAAAGAUCGCGGUUCGUAAGGAGUGUAUAAAGCUAAUGGGCACACUCACAACGUUCCACCACGAUCUUAUCGCGCCUCAUUUAAGCAAAAUGGUUGCUAGCGUAGUUAAACGGCUUAAAGAUUCGGAUUCCGUUGUGCAAAACGCGUGUGUGGAAACCAUGGGUAUUUUGGCUUCGAAAUUUAGCGUUAGCAACGAGUCCGAGGGUAGUUUCGUAAUACUAGUGAGGCCGCUUUUUGAAGCACUCGGUGAGCAGAAUAAGUAUGUUCAGUUUGGUUCAGCGCUGUGUUUAUCUCGGGUGAUUGAUCAUACGCGGGACCCACCGCUGCCGAUCCUACAACGUAUGUUGGUAAGGACAACAAAGAUGCUGAAGAAUCCGCAUUUUAUGGCUAAACCGGCAAUUAUUGAGUUGAACAGAAGUAUCAUUCAGGGAGGGGGGGCUUCAACGCAAAGCAUGCUUACGGCUGCAAUGACUAGCAUACAAGAAGCUCUUAAGAAUAGUGAUUGGCGAACGCGAAAAGCGGCUUCUGAAGCGUUAGCAGAAAUCGCGUCAAGUAACGGAUCGUAUUCUGUUGCCGUAAAGUCAUCCUGCAUUCGUUCUCUUGAAUUGUGUCGGUUUGAUAAGGUAAAACCGGUUAGGGACUCGGUACUGCAAGCGUUACAGCUGUGGAAGGUUCUUCUUGGAACCGAUGCAUCUGAAAUUUCAGAAGCUGGAUCUUCUAUUAAAGGUGAUUACAGUGACAUUCCAAGUAACACCGAAUCUACAUCAAUUAGAAAAAGGGUUCCGUUAUCGGUUAGAAAAAGCGGCCAUAGUUAUGUCGAAAGUCCUCAAAACUCUAAAGCAAACGAUUGGCAUGUAGAAGUCAACGUUCCAAAAAAAUGCAACAUCUCUUUAGCAUACACUCACGAUGAAGAAUCGGAGGGUAGUUCCGUCACAAAGACAUUUGAACGGACUAGAUCCGAUAUCACAUCCACUCAAGAUAUCGGAUACGAAUACGUGCCGUUGGAUGAUAAACAAGAGUGUUCUUCUGCAACCAACGUAAGUUUGGUCCCGAUUGACUCACGUGUGAAGGGCGAAUCGGUAAAAUCACAUGGAGUGAAUUUACAUCAAGUGGAAGAAGAAGUUAGUAAUGAAGAACAGAGGUAUUUUUCGAAGAAUCAGGAUCGUAGAAGCCUUGAUUCGACUGUUACGGAAUCGAGUUGUCAGAUUAUGCAUGAGCAAAGUGGAUGUUGUGUGCAAACGGCGAAAGAUAUGGUUUGCAUUAAAGAAAAGCUUCUGGAAAUAGAAACUAAACAGUCAAAUCUCAUGGAUUUGUUGCAGGUGUUUGCGACAAAAACGAUGGAUAGUUUAUCGAUGAUACAACAAAAAGUGUCAAGCUUAGAAGACGUGGUGGAUCAAAUGUCGGAAAACAUCAAUCAUAGCGGAAAACAUUACGAAUCAACUGCCCGACUAUUAAAAAAAAGUUCCACUACCGCUUCUCCUAGACUCUCAACAUGCACUCCACGAUCAUCUAUCGAUAUACACACUCGAAAAUCUCCGUUGCAGCCGAUAAAAAAAUCCGAUUCUUGGGAAGAUUCAACGUUUCCGAGGGGCAAAGCCAGUGUGGUUGACCCCAUGGUAAGAACGAGUAGAAAUCCCGCAAAGGGUAUGCAAAAAAGCGGUUCCGGUUCUUUUGCUAGUUUAAGGCAUAAUGGAUUACAAGCGGAGAAUAGCGUCUGCAGGGUUAUAAAAGGCUAUUUAUCACAAGGGGAUUUAGAUUCUGCGUAUGUUGAAGCGAUGAAUUCUGGUGAUGAAAUGAUAUUGGUUGAUCUUCUUGAUAAAACCGGGCCGGUUUUGGAAUGUUUGUCGAAUAGAACGGCAAAUGAUGUUCUUACCACUUUGGCUUCGUUUUUGUCCGAACAACAGUUCAUGAGCUCAAUAAUCCCUUGGCUGCAACAGGCGGUUGACUUGAGCAGCAGUCAUGGACCAAACAACCUUGUACUAACCGCAAAAGCAAGACGACAAUUUUUGGGUGCGAUUCAGGAAGCGGUACACAUGGAGUUCCCGAAUGUCACAGAGAGGAGAUCUAUAACACAGUUGGUAUCAAGACUGCAUCAAGCUUGGGGAAAAUGAUCGUGAGAGGGAACGGUUGUGAGACCGAUGAUGUGGUCAACGAAAGUCAAAGUUUGAGUUGUGGUUUUACGUUCUAGUUAGUUUGAUUGUAAGUUUAAAGCCGAAAUUGCAACAUGGCUAGGUCUUGUUUUCGAUUAUGUUUUGGUUUGUUUAAGCUUUGGAAAUAUGCACAUUAGGCCUUGUCUUGCCAAGGUUUGACUUUGUAGCUGUGUAGGUCAAUAUUUUGACCAAGAAUCAGUCUAAUUUGAAGGGGAAAAGUAAUGUUGGUUAUUUGACAUUU